GCAUGUUGAUUGCCGUAGACGUCAGCCUGUUGUAAAUAUGGCUGAAGAAUGCUUAACUGAAGGCGAAGAUGAAAACAUUUUAUACGAUUUACUUGUUAUCAACGAGUGGCCGCCAGAGACCGACACACAGCUACGGGGCAACAAAGAGGACAACUCUCUAGUCGCGAAAGCUGUAACAGGUCCAUUCCGCUUAGUGCUGCACUAUUUGUUUCAUAGCCCCUCCAGCUCUUCUCUGUCUCCUGGGCUUGUACGGCUGACAAACAAGCAGAUCAACUGGCAGCAUGUUCUUUCAAGUAACGGCAAACUGUUGGCGGUGAUUCAAGACCAGUGUGUAGAAAUUAGGUCUGCGAGAGAUGACUUUGGCUCAGUCAUUGGAAAAUGUCAGGUGCCAAAAGACCCAAACCCACAGUGGCGACGGAUGGCGUGGAGCUCUGACUGCACGCUGCUGGCCUACUCCGACAGCACUGGCACCGUCCGGCUGUUUGACCUCAUGGGCGGCGAACUUUUUGUCAUCCCCCCGGUGGUGAGUUUUCCCGGAGAUUUCAGUUGUGCAGUCGCAGGCCUGAUCUUCCUGGAGUACACAGCCAGCGCUCAGUGGUCAGCUGAACUUCUUGUGAUCACAUACAGUGGAGGGCUUAAAAGCUACUUAGUCAGUGUGGGAACCAAUCAGAACUUCCAAGAGAACCACACCUUCAACUUUUCCACCCACUAUCCACAUGGCAUCACGGCAGCUGUUUACCAUCCUGCACACAGGUUGCUGCUGGUGGGGGGCUGUGAAUCAGGAGAGGACGGCGCCUCCAAGGCCACUCGCAGCGGCCUCACGGCCUGGAGGGCUCUCUCCAGUUCACCGCACUACAAGCAGGUCACCAGCUAUGAGGACGAUGUCCGCCUGAACCAGAAGAAAGGCCUCCUCAGGAUUCCCAGCUUUAGAUUCUUUCCCAGACAGGGAGAUGAAAAGGACGGCGUGUUUCGUAUGAGUUUGAGCCCUGACGGCCGCCUGCUGGCUGUCAUCCACUUCUCUGGACGCCUGUCUGUCUGGGACAUCCCCUCUUUCAAACAGAGGGCGUCAUGGAAACAGGACCAACAGCCGGGAUUUGAAGAGAUCAACCCAGAGUGGAAGACAUCACUGGAGAGAAGGAAGAAAAUAAAAGAUAAGGAGCAGUACUACCCACUGGUGGAUGUGAAUUGGUGGAGUGACGGCGUGUUGAUUCUUGCUCGCUGCUCUGGAUCAGUCACUGUCUCAUCGGUCAGAACAUUACGCAACCUUUUGGGGAAGUCCUGUGAAUGGUUUGAGCCCUCACCGCGAGUCGCUGCAGCCCAUGACGGCGGCUUUCUCAGCCUGGAGUGUGAGGUGAGGCUGGCCCACAAGCGUCUGCGUCUGGAGAGCAACUUCGCUGGUGAGGACGAAGAGGGAGAUGGCGGAGACUCGGACUCGGACGAAGAGUCCUCAGCCAAAGCCCGCUACUUCAGCUACAUCAAGCAGGGCCUGUAUUAUGUGACGGAGAUGGAACGGUUCGCUCCUCCACGCAAGCGCCCUCGCACUGUCGUCAAGAACUACCGUCUUGUCAGCCUGAGGUCCACCACGCCUGAGGAGCUUUACCAAAGAAAGAUUGACAAUGAGGAGUAUGGUGAAGCCCUGUCUCUCGCACAAGCCUACAAUCUGGACUCCGACCUGGUCUACCAGAGACAGUGGAGGAAGAGCACAGUCAGCAUCGCUUCAAUACAAGAUUAUCUGAGCAAGAUCCGCAAGCGCUCAUGGGUGUUGCACGAGUGUGUGGAGCGCGUCCCCGAGAAUGUGGAUGCAGCCAAGGAGCUGCUGCAGUACGGCCUCAAAGGGACGGAUAUUGAGGCCCUUGUGGCCAUAGGAAACAAUGAAGAUGGUGGCAGGUUUAUCAUGCCUGGCGACGUAGACCUUGAUGACCAGCCUUAUGAAGACAUGAUAUCAGAUGAUGAGGAGCUGGAGAGGAAGAAGGAGUGGGAGAGCAGGAGGAGACAAGAGCUGUUGGCCAAGGUUGACUUCAGCAGACUGACUCUGGAGCAGAAGGAGUUGUGUCGGAGCCGACUGAAACUGCUCUCCUAUCUGGACCGGCUGGCAACCUAUGAGGAGAUACUUGGCGGCCCUCACGCAGCAGAGCAGAAAUACGACGCCGAGUUUUUCAAGAAGUUCCGAAGUCAAAAUAUUGUUCUGUCUGCAAGAAACUACGCCCGGGAGAGUAAUGUGCAGGCCUUGGAUAUUCUCUUCACGUAUCACGGAGCACAACUCCUUCAGCACCGACUAGCUAUUCUUUACAACUUCCCAGAAACCACCUCUCCACAUGAGUACACCAUCUUGCUGCCUGAAGCCUGUGUGGAUGAAAGAGACGAGCUGGGGUUGAUUCCGUGGGACGAGCAGAGACACAGAGAAAUGGACUGGUGUGAGGCAGAGGAGUGCAGAGUGGUGCUGGACCAGAAUCCAUUUGAUGAUGAUUUCCUUUAUGAGGAAUCUCCUGAGAUGCUGAGAUUUCGGACAGCCACGCCUUCCAUUGAGCUUCUAACCGACUGGUACCGGAGUCGAGCGGAGGAUAUCGAGUCCUGCUCCAGACAGGUGGAUUGUGCACUGUCACUCGUGCGCCUAGGAAAGGAGCGGGAGAUCCCGGGACUGGAGCUCCUGUGUGAUGACCUGAUCACCAUGGAAACACUGGUGUAUGAGGCGUCAUGUGAUUUGAGCCUGACUCUGAAAGAGUUUCAGCAGCUUAAGGACAUCGACAAACUCUGCCUACUCAUGAAAAAUUCCAGCCCUGAGCGCUAUGUGAAAGAUGCCUUCCAGUGGAUGCUGCCGUUUCUGCACCGCUGCGAGGGCCAGAGAGCAGGUGCUGCCAGAUCUCUUUUUGCAGAAUACCUGAUCAGCCUGGCCCAGCGAGACCUUUCUCUGCCCCUCAUCAUUUGCCAACACUCCAAACCUGAUUGCCCACAGAAGAUCAUCGGGGACCCGGACCAGCUGAUGGAGGUCGCGUUGGAGUGCAUCUAUGGCUGCGAGCGGGACGACCAGCUCAGCCUCUGCUAUGACAUCCUGGAAUGUCUGCCGCAGAGGGGCUACGGACCUGAGACGGACGCAACUGCAUUGCUUCACGACCGGGUGGACAAACUUGAGAAGCACCUCAGUGUGGUGGAGAUACUGGAAAAGCAUGGCCUACAGAAGCCCAUUUCCUUUGUGAAGAAGAGCCAAGAUAGUGCAGAAGAGGCCCACCAGCUGAUGGUCAAGCUGUGUCGUCACACUGGCCGCAAGAUUCCUCCAGUGAGUGAGACUGUUUGGAAAGGCCUCCUGCAGGACCUGCUCGAAAUGCAGCAACAUGUUUAUGCAUGUCUAAAACCAGACACGUGCCAUCAGGUUUUUGUCGAGUCCCUGCUGUGCUCGAGCCGCGUGGAGAACAUUCGCCUGGCAGGGCAGUACAUGCAUUGCUCCAAGGUCAGCCAGGACGUUCCUGUCAGUUUGACUUUCCGGGGAAAAGCUUCUGCUCACAGGGUGGCCUAUGAUAACAGUGUAGACUUGGUGUUGGCUGCUGCGCGAGAGUACUUCAACUCUUCAACAUCUCUGACAGACCCCUGCAUGAAUUUGGCCAGGGCGUGUCUCCAGCUGAUCGCAGAUCGACCUCCAGCCAUUGAAGAGGAACUGGAUCUCAUCACCGCCCUCACCCAACUGGAUGACUUUGGUGUCCAUAUUUUGCCACUGCAAGUGCGACUGCGAUCUGAUCGGCUGUCUCUGAUCAAGGAGUGCCUCUCCCACUGCUCUGCAGCCUACAAGCAGUCCACCACUCUGCUCAGUCUGGCCUCGCUUCUCCGAGUGUCAGGACAUGAUGAAGCCACACGAAGAGGCCAGGUGCUGACCCUGCUGGCCGAGCAAGCUCUUCAAACCCUGGACUUCAAGACCUCCUACAUCCACUGUCAGGACCUCAUGGCUGCAGGUUACGGUGCAGCGUGGGAGGUGUGCAGCCUGCUUGGCCAGAGCGAGGGUUACGGGGACCUGGAGGCACGACAGGAACUACUUGCCUUCUCUCUAACACACUGUCCUCCCGACAACAUCCAGGGCCUCCUGGCUGCCUCCAGUGACCUGCAAACUCAGGUUUUGUAUCAGGCCGUCAACUACCAAAUGGAGCCAGUCGGUUCUGAGAUCGACAUGGAGAUCAAUGAGUCGGACUCUCUGAAGGUUUCUGCAGCACCUGCAGGCUCCGCCGCAGGUACGGCAGGGGAACUGCUGCACAGAACCACAGCUAAAACCAUGGAGGUGUUGACCACCACCGGCCUGACCACUAAAGCUGUGCUGACUGCAGUGACCGACCACCGAUGGUGGAAGGAAUCCCUAAACUACCUCCGGCCUCUGCAGGGUCACAGUGCAGGAACCGCACACCGGGAUAGGCUGUCUGAAAACUCCAACCUGGAGCGCCAAGGCUGCAGUCCCUUUUAUCAGGAGCUAAUUGACGACCCGUUUGUAGACCUGAGUCAAGAUGUGUACUCGGCCUGCAGAGAACCACCCGAAGAAAACUUUGCAGAGGUUUUGUUGCGGACAGGAAAGCUGGCGGAGGCCAAAACUGAAGGCAAAACGUUGUUUCCUGCAACAGAAGUUUUGCUUCAGCUGGCCAACGAUGCAUUUCCCAGAGAUAUGAUGCUGGCUCUGUCCUACUUACUGGCCCUGCCACAGGUACUGGACGCUAACAAGUGUUUUGAAAAGCAGUGCCACUCUGCCCUGUCUCUGCAGUUAGCUGCCUACUAUUACGCUCUGCAGAUCCACUCCCAGCUCAUGCCCUGCUUCAAGGACAAGAACCACGCUCUCUAUCAGACUGACCCAAAGAAGCUGAUCCAAUCCGUCACUCAACAUGUGUCUUCAUAUUCUGAUUGGCCGGAGGAGCUGCAGAAGCUCAUCAACCAGCUCCACGUGUACAACGAGCGCCUGACGGACUUCACCCAGGCGCAGGUCUUACAGGGUUUGGGUAGAGGAGUGGACGUCAACCGCUUCAGCUGCGACUCUGAUUACAAGAAAGCAACUAUUCUGGGCCUCACAGAGACUCUAGAUGACAGUGUGUACAGAAUCGCUCUGUCUCUGGCAAAGCGUUACAGCAUUUCUCUGUGGGAGGUCUACAUGACUCACCUGGAGUUUCUCUUUACAGAUAGCAGUCUUUCCACCAAGGAAAUUGAAGCCCGCAGUGACUCCCUUAGACUGUUUGAGACCUUGAAAAGUGACCCAGAGGCUUUCCACACCCACAUGACCAAAUAUGUUUUCCCAACGGUGGAAGGAACCGAUCUGGGACGCCUCCUCUACUAUUACACCUUGCUGGAUACCGCAGGAUGCGAGCCAUACGUCCUCGCCACCAUCAAGCCAAACUCUCACGUCAAGCUCCUCAAAAAGCUUCGAGUUGUUGCAAACGGUGUGAACUACCGAAAGCUGACUGAUGAAUCCUCUGACCCCUUGGCAACUCUGCAGCCCGUUCUGUCCAGUCAGAACGUGCUGUCCAUCUCCAAACACGUCAAUCGGCUGCCUUUGCCGGGAGGUGGAGGGGGAACCGUUUCUCCCAGUGCAGUUCAUGCAACAUGGCUGCAGAAGCUGUUUUGGAAAGGAGACCCCCACCUGCUCAAGAAACCCCCAAAGAGCGACUCGGACUACCUGCACGCAUAUGACACAUGCGCAAAAUACCUAGACCGAAUGGUCCCUGCUGAUGCUGUCAGCUUCCUGGACAGCAUCACCUUUUCUUCUGACGCAGUCAAAAAGCUGAGCGUCCAGGUGCGACUGGAGAUGAUAAAGCGAGCCACCAAAGCCCUGCGCCAGCUGAGCGAGAAGAGCAAGAAGAGAGGAGGCGAUGGCUGUGAAGAGCAGGAAGGGACGGGCCCAGCAGGGAUGACUUUUGAUGAGGCGCUAGCACACCUGCAGCAGUCUCAGGCCCACCUGGACACUUUGAGUCAUGCCUUCAUUCUGUCUCUGAGAGACAGCCAGCAGGAACAGCUUCGUGGUUACUGCGAACUCUACGACUUGUCUCGUUCUGACAGGUCAAAGGUUUGCGAGCUAGCGGUAACCAUGGUGACAGAUGGACAGGCUUUGGGGCAGAUAAGAGAGCUCCUAAAUGUUGCUGUUGGAUGCCAGGACCUGUCCGUCAAAAGUGUCCUUCAGGAGGCAGUGAGGAGGGUGGUAGCCGCACUCAGUGGAGACCCAGGCGCCCUGACAAAUUACUCACAACCUCUCAAGGUGCUGGAGGCCAUGGUGACUGCCGUGCACAACAAUGUGCAGAGUGGUGAUAAUGCAGUGACUUCAGACGACCUUCUGGCUUGGCUGCGGCCAUUCUGCGCUGACCCGGCUCUCGCCGUAAAGCCUCGCAUCGAUGUUCUGCAAAUCCUGGAGAGUAACUUCAGCCUCCAAGACAGCGAUGUCCGUCUUCUGCUGCUUUACAGAACUCAAGCUGUGCUCAAAGACAAAGAGGUCCAGAUAGAGGAUGUGGAGACUGAGGACAAAAGAUAUAGGCUUUUCCAAGAGAUGUUAGAUGCUGCAGAGAAGCUGGAGGACUUUCAACUACUCAUGCUUCUCCUGCAAGCAUGGCCACCUAUGAUGAAAGAAGAAGUGGCUGGGUCGGUGCAUAAUCCAUGGGUGGUGUUGACUUCAGUGCUGCUGACCCGCUGUCAGGUGUCAGAGGUUCAGUCAGACCUGGGUCAGAAGGUUGUUGCCAUGGUGAGGUCUCUUUAUCACACCAAACACAAGAUCCCUUCACAGUGUAUCGGACACAUAGCAAACCUGCUGCUGCAGAACCAGCCCAGCCUCCAGCAGCCUGCCCUUAAAUUGAUGUCUGAAAGCGGCGAUAAGCAGCUGCUGCAGCUGACUGUGGAUCAAAUCAACAGCAUGAGUGUGGAGUCUGCCUCCACCUGCGAUGAAGAACUUCUGUCGCUGCUCCUAGAUGCGGGCCUCUUGGUGGGCUGCGUCUCCUCCGCUCUGUACCCCCUGCUCAGCUCCCACAUGCUGACCCACCAGCAGGAGGGAGGCUGGGAUGUGGAGAAAGCUGCUGCAGAGCUGAUGGCAGCAGGCCACGGCCCAGAGGCAGGUUCUCUUCUGCUGGCUCACCGGGGAACUCACCAGGCCCAUUUCACCUUCAACUCCGCUUUGGCUGUUCUCAAAAAGUGGCUGUGAGGGGAGGCAGUUCCCCCACUCGCACACACACACUCACCUGGAGAAAUAAAACACACCUAGAGAGGGGAAAAAUGGAGAUCUGAGAAAGAAAAGGCCCAUAACAGAAUUAUUUGCACGCCCUCCUUCUGCAUUUCUAAUCAGGUUUGGAGAAGGUGAGCACGAGCCGCAGAGCUUGCCUCGAAGCUAGAAGAGGCAACGCCUUUAAUAUCCAAACAUCUGCUCAAUUAGGAGCAAAUAAAUACACAAACUUCCACAAACAUCAGCAUUCAGCCUAAUCAGAAGCCGCACGGACUGCCUGCAUUUAUUUGCAUGUGUUGUCUCCUAUUGUUUGAAAAAGUAAUUGAGCGGUCGCUCAGAAGCGGUGGGUGGAUAUUAGCCUAUUGUUCCAUUACAGGUCUCCCUCUUUAACAUCCCAUCGUUAGGCACCCUGCCUCAGCUCUAUUGUUUUCCCCCUAAUAAUAUCUAAUUAAUUCCUUCCAAACAAAUUAGCCCCCCAGCUGCCACGUGUUGUGUGUGUUUUUCAAAAUGAUCUAUGCAGCUGCAGCGGAGUGUGUUUGCUUCCUUUGUUUCACCUGAUGUGCAGCUGGAUAAUGUAUUUUAUCCCACCCUGCUUUCAGAUCACAAAAAUAAAAGAUGUUCCAAAUGA